AUGGCAGAUACAAUCUCUUCUGCUGCGUUUUCGAUGCCAAGUGGCAGUGCAAGUGGCUCCAUCCGCGGCGAUCCGGCCCCACUCUCCGCAAGCGCCGUCGCAGCCCCCUCCGCCCCCUCCGCCCCCUCAGCGGCCUGGCGCGCCAUCGACUGCAACUGCGCGCCAAGACCCCGAUGGUCCUUCACCCAAGGCUUCCUCCUCGGCCAAUUCUCCAUGUAAGCAGCGUCCCACUCCGAGGCCGGGAGCAGCAUCGCUCACACCCGGGCUUCUCUCCACAGUCUGCUCCUCGUCGCACUCUUUCUCAAAUACGUCGUGUUUGAGCACCGACCACCCUCAACCGCUCCACGCUCCACCACGACUAGAUCCAAAGUAGGUUACAACAGCACUGCCUCGUUCUUCGUGUCCACACGCUGACCCAAUCCACCUCUCUUACGCGACACCCUCCCCCCAAAGCGGCGGACAGCGACCUCGGCGACGUCAUCGACCCCGUCCUCAUCCGCCUUGGCCUCGGCCUCGACGUCCCAGAUCCUCUCCUCCUUGGCCUACGACCUCUCCUCCCACGCACCCGAAACCCUCGACUGGCUCAACGUGCUCCUCGGCCAGACUCUCUCCGCCUACCGAGGCCUCAUCUUCUCCUCGCCUCAAGGCCCCAAGGGGCUCUUUGAGAGCAUCCUUAAUCGCAGCUCGGCCAACCCGGCUGAGAAAGGCCUCGUUUCGGUCGAUUACAUCAGCGUCGAUGACGUGCACGUCGGCCAGGCUUACCCCUUGCUUGGCGAUGCGAGAGUCAGGCCAUCUGGGGCCGAAGGAGGAGCCGUGGUGAGUGUGGUUCGCAAAGCGCUCUGUGAUCUCUGUGCCUUGACUGACAUAGGGAACGUCCCCUUACUCUCUCGUCUCCAGCGUGUCGAGUUUGACAUCGAUUACGUCGACCAAGUCUCCUUAUCCAUCUCGACUUCGGUCCUCUUCAACUUCCCGCGCCCCAGUUUCGCCGUGCUCCCGGUCUCGCUCGGCCUGACCCUCGAGCGCUUCUCGGGCACUUUAUCCAUCGAAGUCCCCUCCCCUACCUCGAACCACCCCAAUCCCAGUCUCCACCUCUCCCUCCACCCCGACUUUGAACUCCACCUCUCCACGACCUCAUUACUAGGUGCGCGAGCCAAACUACACGAUGUGCCCAAGAUCGAGCAAUUGAUCCGGGAACGACUGCGAUCCUCCAUCGUCGAAAAGGUCGUUUGGCCAGGAAGGGUCUCGAUCGCUUUACCCGCUCCCAUCGCACCACCUUUAGCGGACGACGUGGCCAACGCAUCGACAUCGUCUUCUUCCUCCGCCUUGGGGGAGAAUGACCUCGAGAAUGGAUUCGACGAUUUCCCUUCGAACAUUUCCACGUUGAAUCCUUUUCUCUCGGACCAAGAGGACCUAUCCCUAGACGAACAAGACGACGAUGCGCCCUUAAUCAAAUCCGACCAAUCCCCAUCCAAACGCCCUUCUUUCCCCGGGGCCCCAGUCGUCGAUCUGGAGAACCCGAAAGGCCCUUCGGUACUCCUCCACCCACGUCUAGAUCGAAAGACGUCCAGAUUAUCGACGGCGAACAACUCGCCUACGAAGAAGAAAGCGACGACGAAUGCUACCACACUAGGCGACACGACUUCCCCGACCAAGCGGAACAACCUCCAUCCUUCUGCUGGCCUACCUUUGGGGGCUUCCAGUCGAGGUGCAGCAUCUGGAUCUGGAUCAGCAUUACCUAGUCCAAGUCCGACUGAAUCCCUUCCGGGGUAUUUCGGCUCGUUCAAUACGGACGGAAUACGACAGAGGGGUCAUCCUUCAACGGCUUCGGCGUCGUUCGUAGGCAGUAGUCGGAAUCGGAAUGCGGCAACGUCGGUCUUGGAACGGAGAUAG